GCAUGCGCACGGCCCUCCGCACAGCAGGCGAAGGAAGUACGAGGAGCGGGGAGGGUCAAUCUGCGCUGGAGACUUGGUCUCUGGCCAAAAGAUCUGGGCGCAUCAGCGGCCAAAGCUAUUUCCGCCUACUCUGUGGGGCAACAGGCUAAUUGGGCAGAGCCGCGGCCGCAGUCGGAGCAGACGGGUUCCCCACACCUGAAGCCGGCGCGAUGUGGCUGUCGCUGCUGCUGCUGGCUGCGCUGCUGCUGGCCGUCCUCGGCCAAGUUUACAAGUGGCUGUUUGCAGGCAGCUCUCCGAACCCCUUCUCCGAGGACGUUAAGAGGCCACCCGCACCCCUCGUGACGGACAAGGAAGCCAGGAAGAAGGUUCUCAAACAAGUUUUCUCAGUCAACCGAGUGCCAGAGAAGCUGGAUGUGGUGGUGAUUGGCAGUGGCUUUGGGGGCCUGGCUGCAGCUGCGAUCCUGGCCAAAGCCGGCAAGCGUGUUCUGGUGCUGGAACAACAUACCAAGGCGGGAGGCUGUUGCCAUACCUUUGGAAAGGAUGGCCUUGAAUUUGACACGGGAAUCCAUUAUAUCGGGCGCAUGGAGGAGGGCAGCUUUGGCCGAUUUAUCUUGGACCAGAUCACCGAGGGGCAACUGGACUGGGCCACCUUGUCUUCUCCCUUUGACAUCAUGGUCCUCGAUGGGCCCAAUGGCCGAAAGGAGUUUCCCAUGUACACUGGGAAGAAGGCCUAUGUUCAGGGCCUCAAGGAGAAAUUUCCCCAGGAAGAAGCUGCCAUCGACAAGUACAUAAAGCUGGUUAAGAUGGUGUCCAGCCGCGCCUCUCAUGCCAUCUUGCUGAAGAUCCUCCCACUGCCCUUGGCUCAGUUCCUAAGCAAGUACGGGCUGCUCACUCGUUUCUCGCCGUUCCUCCGCGCAUCCACCCAGAGCCUGGCCAAGGUCCUGCAGCAGCUGCCAGCCUCCCCGGAGCUCCGGGCUGUGCUCAGCUACAUUUUCCCCACUUAUGGUGUGACCCCCAGCCACAGCACCUUUGCCAUGCACGCUCUCCUGGUUGACCACUACUUGAAAGGGGCCUUUUAUCCGAAAGGGGGUACCAGUGAAAUUGCCUUCCACACCAUCCCUGUGAUUCAGCGGGCCGGGGGCGCCGUCCUGACAAGGGCCCCUGUGCAGAGCAUCUUGCUGGACUCAGCUGGGAAAGCCUGUGGUGUCGCCGUGAAGAAUGGGCAAGAACUGGUGAACAUCUUCUGCCCCGUUGUGAUCUCUGAUGCAGGACUCUUCAACACCUAUGAGCAUUUGUUGCCGGAGAAGGCCCGCUCGCUUCCAGGGGUGCAGCGGCAGCUGGGGGCCGUGCGGCCAGGCUUGAGCAUAUUCUCUGUCUUCAUCUGCCUCCGAGGCACCAAGAAGGACCUGGGUCUGUGGUCCACCAACUACUACGUCUAUUUUGACACAGACAUGGACAAGGCGAUGGAGCACUACCUCUCCCUGCCCAGGGACAAGGCUGCAGCCCACAUGCCCCUGCUCUUCAUUGCUUCUCCGUCCAGCAAGGACCCGACUUGGGAGGACCGGUUCCCAGACCGCUCCACCCUGAUCGUGCUGGUGCCCACCUCCUAUGAGUGGUUCGAAGAGUGGCGGGACGAGCCCAAGGGAAAGCGGAGCAGCGACUAUGAGACCCUCAAAAGCUCCUUCGUUGAAGCCUCUCUGUCAGUCGUUCUGAAGCUGUUUCCACAGCUGGAGGGGAAGGUGGACAGUGUGACUGGAGGGUCCCCGCUGACCACUCAGUUCUACCUGGCAGCUCCCCGGGGUGCCUGCUACGGAGCUGACCACGACUUGAGCCGCCUGCACCCUCAUGUGAUGGCCUCCAUGAGGGCCCAGAGCCCCAUCCCCAACCUCUACCUGACAGGCCAGGAUAUCUUCACCUGUGGGUUGAUGGGAGCCCUGCAGGGGGCCCUGCUGUGCAGUGGCGCCAUUCUGAAGCGGAACUUGUACUCAGAUCUUUGGAAGCUGGGCUCGAAGAUCCAGGCACAGAAGAAUAAGAAGAAGAAUUAGUCUAGUCAGGGAGGAGUCGGGAAUUUGGCCCGUGCUAGGGCACAGACCCCUGACCUUCCCGAGCUUUUCUGCCUUAGUUCCUUGAUCAUGCAAAGAUUCUGAUUGGUUUCUGAUUUCUGAAUGGAGGUCUGACAUGAAAGUCUAGCAAAGGUCACGGUUCUAAAACUGUUUUUUUGGAUUUUUUUGUUUUUUUCCUGGCUGCCCUGCAGCCUAUGGAACUCCCGGUUCAGAGGUCAGAUCAGAGCUGCAGCUGCAAACUAAGCCACGGAUGCAGCAAUGCAGAUCCCUAACCCACUAUGCCAGGCUGGGUAUUGAACCUGUGUCCGAGCGUUCCCAAGGUGCUGCUGAUCCCAUUGCACCACAGAGAGCUCCCUAGGUUCUAACACUGAAGCUCUAACAGCUGGGUAGGUGAGAUUAUCUUCCUCACACCUUGUAACACACUGUCCCUCCCAGAGGCCAGGUGUGGGCUACUGAUUUGGGUGGCAUUCAUGGCUCAUCAAGCAGCACUCUGCGUCCUACAGCCACGCCCCCUAACUCUGAGCCGUCAAAGCGAAUAUACUUUUGGUCAGGUGGCUAGAACCCUCCAGAGUGUGGGUCAGCUGAAGCAGGCUGGUCCCACUGGCUGGGGGCUUCUCCCAAGCACUCUAGUGUAGCGCUGCAGGACUUCCACAUGUUGAGGGAGAGAGGGUGCAUGAUGAGCAUGGUUUCAGUUGUAGCUCCAUAGGUUCAGAGUCUCCAGAGCCCAUCUUUCUGGUUUCAGCGGCCCUUUCAGAGGUUGGGGAAAUGCCCUUAUAGGCUCCACGUGGGCGUGGGAACUGGGGGUUGACAGGACGCAGGCGUGAGCAAGGUGUGUUAGAAGAUCCAAUUCCUACUCAGCUGAGCCCUUGGCUGGUCUUCCUUACCGUCAGGGUUACAUUGGGUCUUCACCAUGCUGGCACCCAGAUAACCCUCCCAGAGCCCAGGGCCUGAGCCUUGUGGCUUGUCUUGCCAGAUACAGCGCGGGGCAGGGCGGGGCAAAAAGAUGAAAAGUAGUUGGGUGAGGCAGGCAGAAGCACAUUCCAGCCAAGGGUACAGCAGAGGACAAGGGCUGAGGUACCCUGUGUGAUGACAAAUGGCCCAGCUACCUCCCAGACCUGGACCACAGGCUGCCUGGUGGAGAGGAGGGGCAGGAUUGGAAGUCUGUCAGGAUCAGAACACAGAGAGCUGCAGAAUAUGUGCAAAGCCGGGGAAUGGCCUUUCCAGCAUAUUGGUGCCUACAUUGGGAUCAGGUGGGAAGGAGAGUGAAAGCUAAAGCUUCAAAAAAAAGUGACCUUCUGGAGUUCCCGUCAUGGCGCAGUGGAUACUGAAUUCGACCUGGAACCAUGAGGUUGCGGGUUCGAUCCCUGGCCUUGCUCAGCGGGUUAAGGAUCCAGCGUUGCUGUGAGCUGUGGUGUAGGUCGCAGACGUGGCUCGGAUCCCCCGUGGCUGUGGCGUAGGCCAGUGGCUACGGCUCUGAUUAGAUCCCUAGCCUGGGAAUCUUCAUAUGCCGUAGAGAUUCUGUUAGGCCUUAUUUCAAUUUUUAUUCUGUACUAAUAAACAAUAAUAAGAGGGGUUAGGAGGUAUAAUCAAUACUGUCACAGCUUUGUAUGAGGACAGAUGGGACUAGACUGCGUGUGAUCUAUGUGUAAUGUAUACAAAUGUCGAAGCACUAUAUUGUAACCUGAAACUAAUAGUGUAUCUCAACUGUACUUCUUAAAAACAAAAAAAAAAAAAAAUGGAAUUUAAAGAUUUUACAGCUUCAAUAUUUAAAAUUUAUUUUGGUUUCUGUGCAGAGGUACAAAACUACAUUGUGAUGGCAUUCACAGAAGCUCAAUAAAACAGUGUAUGCUAAAAAGUA